AUGUGGAAACUUUUCACCGGCCCGGGACCAUUUCCAUUUCUUUCACUCCCCAGGGAAAUCCGAGACGAAAUAUAUACACAUCUACUUAUCGUUGACAGCGAGCCUCUCCCUCUUGAGUCAGCCGAAGCUUUCGGAAAACCGGCGCACGCUUAUAGUCCAUUUGGGGAAUGGAGACGUCGUGUGCAGCCUAUUUUCGAAGAUUUUCCCAAGGUCGACCUUUCAAUAUUUAGGGUUAGCCGUCAGAUACAUGAAGAGGCAUCGGCAAUAUUCUAUGGGAAAAAUAUAUUCCCAAUCAGAGUCUUGGUCGAUGGAGGACAUGUUAGUCGGGGUCCAACUAUCUAUGAUUAUUAUAUUCGGGGUCGGUAUAUGGCACCAUGGGAGGAUUUAAUCUACUCAAACUCAGAGUUAGAGCCUGUUGGCAAAUUCGGCCUCGAAAUCGGAAGACUGGCUAUUGAACCUGGGGGGAGCACGGAUAACCAGCCUAGACAAGUUGAUAUCUACCUGGGACAACGUUAUCGCCAUAAUAUCCGCCAUAUCCGCCUCGAGGUCAUCGAUAUAGACUUUGUAAGGUACUCCUCGGGCCCACCGCAUCCUGGUACAAACCUUACACAGUCAAAUUUGGACAUCCGAACACAAUUCAUGCCUUUAGCGCUCCGGCUCCGGGCCCUGUUGGUAGAUAGGACCAAUGAACUACGGAUAGAUAUCAGAAUCACGAGUUCUACUCUUGACAGUCUUUGCGAUUCCGAUCCUACAGUAUGGGCGAACAUUGCGGGCUUAAACCCCUUGCCGUCUGGGGCUGCUAGCAUUUACCAGCAAAUGAUUCGGUUGGUAGGUCCAUUCUUGUGGCUUCCUGCAAAAAUAAAAAUAUGGACACCGUUAGAAGCAAGUCCUGGGUUUUCCGGACUACAGAGACAUACUCAAGAUGUCAUUGAAGAUUGUAUUCGGACCAUCAAUGAUCCUACAAAUGCAGAGCACGUUUUCAGGCAGGUUGAGUUGCGGCAAGGAUGCUUUUUUAGGAGAAUUAAAGGUGUUUUGAAGACUUCGUUUACAGAGCCUGCUAGAGAUCCGCCACCAAUUCGUCGAGGAUAG